AUGCAAUGGAAGAACGGGGAUACAACGAAUGGACAAGUUAUUGCUGGUGGCAAUGGUCAAGGAGGAGGAUUGAAUCAAUUGUAUGGUCCACUUGAUGUAUUAAUUGACAAAGAGAUGGAUAGUCUCAUUAUUUGUGAUCAAGGGAAUCGACGAGUUGUACGAUGGUCUCGUCGUAGUGGUACAACACAAGGAGAAAUACUCAUCGACGACAUCUUCUGUUGGGGAUUAGCAAUGGAUGAUCAGAUAUAUCUCUACGUCUCUGACUGGCAAAAACAUGAAGUAAGACGAUAUCAAUUGGGUGAUAAGAAUGGCACUCUCGUAGCUGGUUGUAAUGGACAAGGUGAUGGUCUCAAUCAACUUAACAAGCCGGCAUAUCUCUUUGUCGAUCGAGAUCAUUCAGUGUACGUAUCAGACAGAGAUAAUCAUCGUGUGAUGAAAUGGGUGGAAGGUGCAAAAGAAGGUAUUGUGGUCGCUGGAGGACAAGGCCUCACGAGUGCUCUGACACAAUUGUCUUAUCCUCAAGGAAUCUUUGUUGAUACGUUGGGUACACUCUAUGUAGCAGACUCGUGGAAUCAUCGUGUAAUACGUUGGACUCAAGGAGACAAGAAACAAGGCACUGUAAUUGUGGGUGGAAAUGGUUCAGGAGCAGGAGCAAAUCAGCUCAACUACCUCGUUGAUUUGUCUUUCGAUCGAUAUGGUAAUCUCUAUGUUGUCGAUAAUAAUAAUAAUCGUGUUCAACGAUUUUCUAUUGAAUAA